AUGGGGCAUGCUCUAUUGAACUUAGAGGUACUCUAUCUUAAUGAAAAUAGGCUCUUUGGAGUGAUACCAGACUCUAUCUCAAAUUGUUCAAACCUUAUUAAUUUAGCUUUUGAAGAUAACCAUUUCAGCGGCACAUUACCUACAUCUCUUGGUAAUCUAAGGCUCCUCGAAAAACUAUUUAUAGAUGGAAACAUGCUCACAAAUGAUGUUGAAUCUCCAGAGUUGAGUAUUAUCAACUCUUUGGUAAAUUGCAAUUACUUGGAGACAGUACACUUAGAUGAUAACCCUCUAGAUGCUAUCCUUCCGUCAUCAAUUGGGAAUCUUUCUUCAUCCCUUGAAUUGUUGUCUGCAUGGGGUUGUGGGUUAAAGGGAAUCAUACCGAAUCAACUAGGAAACUUAAGCAGCUUGAUUGCCUUGGAUCUGCAUAGCAAUAACUUGGUCGGAUUUAUUCCACCAAUUCUAGAUAGGGCUAGUAAGCUCCAAGUAUUGGAUCUCAGUAAUAAUAGACUGAGUGGUCCUAUUCCUGAUAGCCUUUGUGAUCUUCCCGAUCUAUAUGCAUUAUUUUUGAGUAACAAUCAGUUGUUUGGUAGUUUGCUGAAGUGCUUUGGUAAUAGCACUUCCCUCAGAAAAAUAUAUCUAGAUUCAAACCAUUUGAUUUCUAGAAUGCCUUCAAGUUUGUGCUAUCUCAAAGACUUAUUAGAGCUUGAUUUGAGUUCAAAUUUCUUAGAUGGAUUUAUACCAAAUGACAUUGAAGGUUUGAAGGCACUUUCACUUCUAAACAUGUCUCGCAAUCAAAUCUCUGGAAAUAUCCCUGUCACUAUUGGACAAUUGCAAAAUUUGAUUUCUCUUUCCCUUGAACAGAAUAAACUUGAAGGAUCUAUUCCAAAGCAAAUAAGUCAAAUUGUUUCUUUGGAAUCAUUAGAUUUAUCUCUAAACAAACUCUCUGGUUCAAUUCCGGUAUCUUUGGAAAGACUUGAAUACCUCAAAUACUUCAACGUCUCAUUCAAUGAAUUGAGUGGUAAAAUUCCAUCAGCUGGUUGUUUCAAGAACUUUUCAAGUGCAUCAUUCAUGUUCAACAAGGAGUUAUGUGGAAAUCCUAGGUUUCACGUACCACCGUGCCAUUCUACUCACCAUUCGAGGAUUAAAAUAAGACUUCUUAUUGCUCUUGCAUCUCUUGGAGCUUCAUUGAUAAUUACUUUUGUAAUUAUUGCAUUUGUCCUUACAAAGCGACAAAGGAAACUUAAAGUCCCAAGUAUGACAGAUAUUGGCUUUCCAUGGGACAAAUUAAGGAUUUCUUAUAAUGAGCUUUCAAGGGCUACUUGUUCCUUUAGCCAAAACAAUCUCGUUGGUUCAGGGAGUUUUGGCUCUGUGUAUAAAGGGACUUUGGAUGACGGGAUGCUUAUAGCAGUGAAGGUAUUUAAUCAAUCAGAAGAUGCACUUGAUAGUUUUAAUGUUGAGAUUGAAGUGCUAAAGAAUUUACGUCAUCGAAAUCUCACUAAGGUGAUUACGGGAUGUUUUGCCAUUGACUUUAAGGCCUUAGUCCUUGAGUACAUGCCAAAUGGAAGCCUUGACCAGUGGCUACAUUCACAAAGAAACUUCUUGGAUAUGGUUCAGAGGUUGAAUAUAAUGAUUGAUGUUGCAUGUGCUUUAGACUAUCUUCAUAAUGGUUACACAAUACCAGUGUGUGACAAAGUUGUUAACUGA